AUGACUGAAGCAUCGAACGCUUCUUACCCGUCGUCCUUGGACGUUCUGUUUGAUGGGACAUCGCCGUUGAGAGAACAGUAUGACCCGGUCAAACUAGAGGAUGCAGAGAUCGUACCCAUCCUCCAACUUCCACUGGCUAGAGAACUGCUGGGACACAACUCUGCAGAUGCGAGUGCUAUCAGACGCGUCUCCAACGGCGAGAUUUGCUAUACCACCUUUUUGACCGAGAAGGCCAAGGCUACGGCUCAGAUGCCGCUGGAUGGGCUUACUUCUGAACAGCAACGGUCACAGAUCCUCCAUAUUGGUCUGGCGGCUCUGUUUAGCUUUAUGCAAUCUAAUAUUACUGGCCCUCCGUUGGAUUUCAACUCGGCGGAUGUGGCAUUCCCUGAUGCUCUCCACUCAGAUGCCACCAAGCUCCGGGCUGUUCGCAAUCACAUCAUUCGUGAACUCUCUGUAGACGGAGAAGCUGCCUACAAGUUGACGCCGAAUGUUGAGCUCUUUGCCCUUGCGAAGGCUCUCCUUGUUGAUGCGGACAUCCUUCUCCCUGACGGACCGUUGGUGGCAAGGACGGCAAGAUUGCGCGUCAAUUUUCUUCACCAGAAGAUGCUGUCUGAAGCUACUAGCACAUUACAAGACGCCAUCUAUAGCGAUUUGGAAGAGUUGGACAAGGCACUACUUAGCGAAAAGUCUGUAUUCUCUACCGCUCAAGAAAAAGGACGCUUCCUUGUGGAGAGGGCAACAAUCCACAGCCACCAUGGCUUCGACGCCAAGGCUCGGGCAGAUCUUGAGCAGGCUGCUGCAGUCAGGAAAUUUGAGUUCGCUUUGACUGGAAAACUGGGGAAAAGGACGAAGUUCCAAGAACAUGAUAUCAGCCAGCUGGUUGUCUUGGCAAAGAGUGCCGAAGAACUGACCUCCACCGGAAACUCUGCUCUUCCGGACAAGGAGGAUACAACCCAAGCAGGACCUAAGAACCUAGACCUCAACGAUGAUACUCUUCUCGAAAGCAUAUCAUUUGCCAAGGAUGCCCAGACGUCUCAAAACAAGUCGACGACUGUCCAGGAAGAAUCUACGCUUCCUCCGGCUUUGCAGUCUCUUGACCCCGGCAGCCAACCACUGCUGGACCCUGUUGACUCUGCCAUUUUGCUGGGUUUGGCUUCCGCAAUCACAAACACAUCGCCGGAGAACGGUCUGACUCGGGAAGAGACCCACCCUUACGCUAUCCGUGUCCUUGAAGGUGGCAGUUCGAACUGGCAGGUAUACACUCAAGCUUUGUUGGUCCGAAGCCGUGUGGAAGGAUACCGAGCUCGAACCGUAGAAAGAUCUGUUCUGCAGAUGCAAGCGCUUGUUGACCAAGUCAUUGCAGACACAGCAACUCUUGAUACUCAAACUACCGAAAAUGGUAACCAAGCUACCACAUUCCUCCCAAGACCCGAGAAAUCCGAGUCUGCUUCGGCCGCUGAAAGACUAGAGUAUAUCUGGCUCUUAAAUUCUCCUACUCGGUGGAGUCUCGAAGCUGAGUUGGCUCAACGCUGGGUCAACCUUGGCGGUCUACGGACUGCUCUAGACAUCUACGAACGCCUGCAGAUGUGGGCGGAGGCCGCUCUCUGCUACGCUGCCACAGACAGAGAAGAAAAGGCCAAGUAUGUCGUCCGCAGACAGCUCUAUGAGCCCACGGGUCCAGACCCAGAGGACGAGAACGAAAAGUUCGACGGGCCGGAACUGUCUCCGCUGCCCGUUGAUGCCCCUCGCUUGCUCUGCAUCCUGGGUGACAUCGAUAGUGAUCCUACAAUGUACGAACGCGCAUGGGAAGUCUCGAACAACAGAUACGCACGCGCGCAGCGUUCAUUGGCCCGCCACUAUCUUUCAUUGAAGCCCCCUGCUCUUGAAAAAGCAGAGGAGGCAUACCGCAAGAGUCUUCACAUCAACCGUCUCAACCAUAGCGCAUGGUUUGCCCUUGGUUGUGUACAGCUUGAACUGCAAAAAUGGGAGGACGCCAUCGACUCAUUUACACGGACCGUGCAGCUCGAAGACACGGACGCCGAAGCGUGGAGCAACCUUGCUGCUGCCAUCCUGCGAACCCCCAAACCCAGCGAAACCACCGAAACAGCAAAGGAGGAGCAGCAGGAUGCAGACGCCGAUGCCGACUCGGAAACCAAAAAAGCACCACAGGAUCCCUAUAAGCGCAAGCGCGAGGCCCUUGCCGCUCUCCAUCGCGCCGCUCGGCUCAAGCACACCGAUGCUCGCAUCUGGGACAACGUUCUGACAGUCGCAGCCUCGAUCCCUCCACCAGCUACACCAUUUCGCGAUGUGGUCACAGCCCAGAGACGGGUGAUUGAAAUUCUUGGCCCAAAGAACGGAGAGAAGUGCGUCGAUAUACCUGUUCUCAGUAUGUUGAUUGAGCACCUCGUCGACACCUACAACUACGAGGACCUUCUGAUGAGGGUCGAUGAAAACGACGAGAAUUCGGAGCCCGUCGUUCGCAGUGGUACCAUGGCUGGUCAGAUUCUCUCCCUCGUCGACGAUUGCGUUGUGCCUCUGAUCACACACUCGGCUCCGCUCUGGCUUCUUGUUGCCCGUGUAGAACAGUUCCGUGGCCAGCCGUCCAAGGCCUUUGAGGCGCAUGAGAAGGCCUGGCGAGCUACCGUUGCUUCGUGCACACAGGGUGCAUUCCAAAUGGGCGAUGAGAAGAAGUGGAUGGAUAUCGUCCGGGCUACAGAGAGGUUGGUCCGCGAUGGAUAUGCUAAGUUUGGGCCUAUGGACAAAGAAGGCAAACAUGAGGAGGACGCUGAAAUGGUUGCUAAGGACUGGCGAUUCAAGGCCCGCAGUGCUGUCAGGGGUAUUCUGGGUAAAGGAAAGGACUUUUGGGAGGAUUCCGAGGGUUGGAGUCGUCUGAAAGAGCUGCAGUCUGAAGUGGGAAGCUCUUAG